AUGGAUGCCGCAGAAAGCUCGACAUUUAAUGGCAUUUUGCUGCCUGUAAUUGUCAUUUUAACUCUUUUAUUGCUUUAUUAUCUUAAACCAAGAGCUAAACUUAACGUCAAGGGAAAAUAUGUUCUCAUCACGGGUUGCGACUCUGGAUUUGGGCGUGCUACAGCCAUUGCACUUGACAAGAUGGGUGUUUGUGUGUUAGCGACCUGCUUGACAAAAGAAGGUGAACAAAGUUUAAAAUCAGUGACGAGUGACAAACUAAAAACAUUUAAGUUGGAUGUGACAAACUCAGAGCAGAUUAAAGAAGUACUUGAUAAAGUCAACAAACUGCUGGUCAAUGGUAACGCAGGUGAGUAUCCCUGUUCUAUUUUUACUUUUUAUUGCACGAUUGUUGACAUCAUUGCUUGUUAUCCCGUUAAUAGUAAGUUCUUUUUCCAAGGCAUUCCUUUAAUAAUUUUAUUCAAAACCGAAUCACAAAUACACGAGUUCGUGUCGGCCACGGUUCCUUGAGUACUCAUUAUCAGAUAUUGUUUACUUAAUUUCACUCCCACGAGGACACGCACCACCAUUCAGUGUGAAGCAUAAGUUUGUUGCUGUUGUUGUUUGGUCUUGUUUUCUAGGUUUUUUUAUGUUUUCUCCUGUCAGUGACUUAGGCGACUCGAAAAAAAAUCCGAGUUCUCCCAACAAGGGUCGAACCCAUCACCUUCAGGCUUUAUACUGGGCAAUAUGCUUUACCACUAAGCUCACUGUCAGCUGCGCUCCUGAGCAAAGGAGGCCCCGACUCAUUCCCCUGCCACAACAUCUUUCGAAAAAACAAUGAAAAACUUGGUAUUUAGGAAUGAUUAUUGAGUCAUGACCAAUAAGCCUGAAGGACUGAGCAAACCUCAAAAACAUAAUCUAACUACAAACCCCAACUGCCUUUUUUUCGUGUUUGAUGGGCGGGUUUCCUCCGCUCUUUUCCAGAAACGUUUCCGGUUUUCACGGUUUUUCUACGGUAGGAGGUUGUAAAAUUUAUCAACAAAAUGUGCUUCUUAAGCCAUGAAAUGAAAUAGGCUUGGAGAUGGGAAUUGUACCAUCCCCUUCCAUUCAGGACAUUCCGUUUUUGCAACAGAAUUUGAUGGCUGACAGUUCUUAAAAAUGUAAUUUUUAGGCAGACUGUGGGGCCUGGUAAACAACGCUGGAAUUGUGCAUAGGCUACCAAUCGAGUGGACUCCGCUGACCAUAUAUAAAAGAAGCGCAGAUGUGAAUCUAUGGGGACUGAUUGAAAUGACCAAGACAUUUCUUCCACUUGUUAAGAGGGCCCGGGGACGAGUUGUUAACUUCUCAAGUGGUGCUGGUAAGGGGAAAAUGUUGAAAACCGAUUGAAGCGGUUAGAGCACGAAAGAAGUGCAGGGGAAACACGAGAUGCAGUCGAGUGUUUCUCUUUACUUUUUGAGUGCGUACUCUGGCCGCUUCCUAAGUGCUUUACAACAGAAUUUUAAAAAAAACAGAGCAUAGUCAAGGCUUCUUUGAUUGUUUUAUGAUAAAGGAUCCGUUAAAUUCUCCACGCAGAACUUAAUUCCUAAUUUUUCGAAACAAACUUUUAGCUUCGUGUUCUAUACCCUCAUAGAGCACGCCUUUUGACCAGUCAGAUUGCGCAUUAUAGCUGAACUAUAUUAGAAAAUAAGAUAGUCUUGAGAGAUGUAUCGUCUAUCCCAGGACUUUUAUUAUAAUUGUUUCUUUCACCUUACUUCGAUUCUUUCCUUGAGUGACAAACAAAGAGACCUUUGUGUCCACCGCAAAGGCAAGUGGACUUUAGGAAAAUGUAAAAUAAAUACGAAGGGAGCAAGAUUUUCUUCAUUAAGUAAGUUGCUUCGCAGAUAAUCAUUUUUAGAAAGUUGCAACUUUCACCUUGUUUGUGUUAUAGUCCCCUAGAUUCUUUUCACAAUUGCACAAGCUGCCUAUGAUCUUCUCCAUUUUUUAUAAAGAUUCAUCUAGUAAUAAAAAGCAGUCUUCAAAGGACUGCCAUCUUAAUUCUAAUGUAUGAUUUCAUACUUUUAAUAAAAUACAGGUCGUUUCUCGGUGCCAUUUGUGUCAGCAUACAGUAUAACCAAGUAUGGCGUGGAGGCGUUUUCAGAUGCAUUAAGGCGAGAAAUGUAUCCGUGGGGAGUGAAAGUGAGCAUUCUGGAACCUGGUACAUUUCAGACCAACAUGAGUCAGCCCUCCCACGUUGAAAAAAGUUACAAAGCUGGUUGGGAGAUCCUGGAUGAUCAGCUAAAGGAAGAAUACGGAGAGAAAUUCUUGAAUGAAGGUAUAUCGUCAUCCUGAAAAUUGUACUUUCCAGUUUAGAAAGAAAUGCGGAGAUGCCAAUUAACAUUAUUUACUUGCCAACAAAGUUUUCUUCAGGUAACAUAAAUAGUGGCAAAUUGCUGUACUAAAUAAAUUCGUUUUAUUGAUGAAGAAUCUAGAAUGUAUUGUUAUUCCAGAAUUAGGUAAAUCAGUCGUCUCUAAUAAGCAAUAUCUGGAUCAGUACUUAAAACAAUGAAAUUGAAGAAACAGAAGCUAAUGACAGUUUUUUCUUCCUAGUGGUUAAGUUGUGGACAGAGUUUCCUCAAUCUGAUCGCCUGUAUUUAGUUGUGGAUGCUGUUUUGGAUGCCUUAACGUCACAAACACCGCGUGACCGUUAUGUGGUUGGUUCAGAUGCUUGGUUUGGAAUAGCAAUGGUGUCCUGGCUACUAACCUUUGUGGUGGACUCAAUUAUUAGAAAGCUGUUGAAAACGGCAUUGCCUAAAGUGGUUCGAAAAGACUAG